GCCACCGCCACCAUGAUCAACGCCGUCCUCGUCUUCAACAACAACGGCCAACCACGCCUAACCAAAUUCUACACCCAACUCGACACCUCCGUCCAACAACGCCUCCUCUCCGAAAUCUUCACCCUCGUCUCCGCCCGUCCGGCCUCAAGCUGCAACUUCCUCCCCCUCCCUCCCCUCCUCGCCCCCAACAGCACCAACACCACCACCACCACCACCACCAAGCCCACCACCCCCGAGCACAACGACGCACCCUCCCUAGUCACCUACCGCCACUACGCCACCCUCUACUUCAUCCUCAUCUCCACCUCCACCGAAUCGCCCCUCGCACUACUAGAUCUGAUCCAAGUCUUCGUGGAGGCAUUGGAUCGGUUGUUUGAGAAUGUGUGCGAGUUGGAUUUGAUUUUCAAUUUCGAAGUGCUGCAUGCGGUGUUGGGGGAGAUGAUUGUGGGUGGGGUGGUGGUGGAGACGGGGUUGGAGAAGAUCGUGGAGGGGGUGAGGGGACAGGGGAGGGUGGCGAAGAGGCCGGUCAAUGAGAGGAGUGGGCCCGGGUUGGGGCAGGGGAUCUGGAUUGGGAGGUGAGUGGGGGAACAGUUUUGGCUGAAAGCUACACGGUUCGCUACAUGCGCGGGUUUGGGGGGUUCGAGUCGUCCAGGACCCUUGAUGUUGGGUCAUUGCUCGCUGCGGAAGCACGACGGACGAUGCCUGGAACUAUGGCAACAACACCGCACAUCUUCCCAGCCCGGCGCGACCUAUAUCACAGUCCGUGAUGCGGAAGCGUGCUUCUUAAUACCAUCAAUGUCCACGCUUACCGCCGGUUCGAUGAUCUAGAAGCGGUCCGAAAACUGCAGGCUAGCAGAACCACAUACUACCGUCAAUAAUCAACCAUCCUAUACCAGCCUGCUGUACGAUACCACAACUCGUACUGCAACCUCUGCCUACGUCAUCAUGGCCUCUCCGUUGUGUCGAUGACAAGUAAGCCA